UGUAAGGAGAGAACGGUAGUCAAUGAAAGCCAGACGUAUUUAAGCCCGCAGGUGAGACCCAGUGGUGCCUUAUUUCUUAGACCAUCCAGCAGGGAUUCCAAACGUCAAAACUCAAGCUCUACUCUGCAUACCCAAUCUUGUAGUACACAGAUGGAAAAUACUACUGGAAAUAGCGUGGGUGAUUUGGUUGAGCGAACUCCUUUUGUAGGCGAAAAAAGUGGUGUCUGCCUAACUUCUAGGAGCUCCUUACAUUUAGGCCAUUCGCAAGCCACGACGCCUGGCACAAACUUAGUGGAAUUUUCAAAAGAAAACAAUCACUUGAGAAAAAAACAGAUGGAAAAGGCGAACAGGAUCAGCCAUUACUGGAAUUGGUUGACCUGCUCUGGGGCACUGGCCGGCAAGUCUUUGUAUAAGACGCCGGUAGCACGAUGUAGAUCGGAGAACAGAGCUCGUAAAGCCCUUCGAACUAUCAGCUUCAUUCUAGGCGCAUUCCUGCUUUGCUGGACGCCUUAUCAUAUUUUGAUCUUGUAUAAAGGCUUCUGCAGAGAUCUUGAGUAUUGCAUAAACAAUCAUGAAUUAUGGCUGAACUAUUGUGGUCGUCAACGAAUUAACUGUUCCGUUUUGUCGAAUUAG